GACGUCAACAGCUCAGAUCCCAGCUCAGUCAGCUGAAAUCCAGAGCCAGACUCAGAAGCUCAGAGAGAAAGCAGACCUAAAAUGCAGCAACUUUACUCAAACUUUGCAAAAACAUGGAAGCUGGAUGUGAAACUCACACUUUGAAAAGAACAAAGAGUUUUUUAAAACAAGAGGAUACAAGAAGACUGUAAGUUUUUCUAAAGCUUGCUUUGUGGAGUGGUUCUUUUCUCCUUUUGUUGGUUACGGGACACGAGAGAGAGUCUCCAAUGUGGAUCAUGCCCCCUAGAUAGCAGCCUUGCCCUGCUCUUCACCCCCUCCCUUGACCCUGGGCCCCUUACUCUACCUUCCUGGUCGAGUGCCAUCACUGCCACCUUUGUCACCACAGCCACCAUGCCACCCAGGAAAAGGACACGGCAGGGCCUGGGCUUCCUGUGCUGCUUUGGCAGCAGCGAGCCACCGGAGAUCAACCUGAAAGACACCGUGCCGCUGCAGCUGCUGGAGUUCAGCUCUCCAAUGCCACCUGCAGAGGAACUGCAUGCACGUUUCUCUGAACUGGUGGAUGAGCUGGACUUGACAGAUAAGAACAGAGAGGCCAUGUUUGCUCUGCCAGAUGAGAAGAAAUGGCAGAUCUACUGCAGCAAGAAAAAGGAACAAGAGGACCCCAACAAACUGGCCACCAGCUGGCCCGACUACUACAUAGACCGCAUUAACUCCAUGGCGGCUAUGCAGACACUGUUUGCCUUUGAUGAGGAGGAAAUGGAAAUGAGGAACAAGGUGGUGGAAGAUCUGAAGACGGCGCUUCGAACUCAGCCAAUGAGGUUUGUCACACGCUUCAUCGAACUCGACGGGCUCACCUGCCUGCUCAACUUCAUGCGCAGCAUGGACUACGAGACGUCAGAGAGCCGCAUCCACACCUCCAUCAUUGGCUGCAUCAAGGCCCUCAUGAAUAACUCACAGGGCCGCACACAUGUUCUGACCCACCCUCAGAGCAUCAACACCAUCUCGCAGAGCCUUCGGACAGAGAACAUCAAAACCAAAGUGGCGGUGCUGGAGAUUCUAGGUGCAGUUUGCUUGGUGCCUGAUGGACAUAAGAAGGUUCUGCAGGCCAUGGCGCAUUAUCAGAAAUAUGCUGCAGAGAGGACUCGAUUCCAGACUCUCCUGAAUGAGCUGGAUAGAAGUACAGGUCGAUACCGAGAUGAGGUCAGCUUAAAGACCGCCAUCAUGUCCUUCAUCAACGCUGUGCUCAACGCAGGAGCAGGAGAGGACAACUUGGAAUUUCGCCUCCACCUAAGGUACGAAUUCCUGAUGUUGGGCAUUCAGCCGGUCAUCGAUAAGCUCAGAGAGCAUGAAAACGCCACUCUGGAUAGGCAUUUGGACUUCUUUGAGAUGGUGCGAAAUGAGGAUGACUCUGAACUGGCAAAAAGAUUUGAUAUGACUCAUGUAGAUACAAAGUGUGCUGGCGCCAUGUUUGAGCUGAUCAAGAAGAAACUGAGCCACACAGAUUCCUACCCUCAUCUCCUCUCAAUCCUUCAGCAUUGCUUGCAGAUGCCCUAUAAACGUGGCGGCUGCAGCCUGCAGCACUGGCAGCUUUUAGACAGGAUCCUCCAGCAAAUUGUCCUACAGGACGACAAGGGAGAGGACCCUGAUGUUGCACCUCUGGACAACUUCAGUGUUAAAAACAUUAUUCGCAUGCUGGUCAAUGAAAACGAGGUAAAACUGUGGCGAGAGCAGGCGGAAAAGUUCAGGAAAGACCAUGCCGAGCUGCUAGCUAAACUGGAGAGGAAAGAGCGGGAAUGUGAGACGAAGACCCAGGAGAAGGAAGACAUGAUGAAGACUCUGAAUAAGAUGAAGGACAAGCUACAACGUGAGGGUGUGGAGCUGCGGUCGGCCAGGGAGCAAGUGAUGGACUUGUCAUCUCGCAUCAACGACAUCACUCAGAGCAGCAACGUGUCUUUACCGGCUCCCCCUCCACCUCCUGGCGCUCCCAUGGCUCCACCUCCCCCACCCAUGUCAGGUGGCUUUCCUCCACCACCACCUCCUCUGCCAUUCAGCUGCCCGCCUCCUCCACCGCCGCCUCCUCCACCAGGCGCACCGCCUCCCCCACCUGGUGCCCCUCCCAUUUUUGGAGCUCCACCUCCUCCUAUACCCUCAUUUAACUCCAUGUGCACAAUGCGCUCCAAGUCCAUCCCGCAGCCAUCUCAUCCUCUCAAGUCCUUCAACUGGGCCAAACUUGGAGAGAACAUGAUCAAUGGCACCAUUUGGAAUGACAUUGAUGACCUGAGAGCCUUCAAGAUUCUUGACCUGAAAGACAUAGAGAAGAUGUUUUCAGCGUAUCAGAGACAACAGGACCUGCUAACUAACCAAUCCUUCAAACAGAAAGAGACGGGCUCUAUGGAUGACAUAUACGUCAGUACGCGGAAGGUCAAAGAACUGUCCGUUAUUGAUGGCAGACGUGCACAAAACUGUGUCAUCCUUCUUUCAAAGUUAAAAAUGACAAAUGAGGAAAUAAAAAGGGCGAUACUCGAGAUGGACGAGAGAGAGGAGUUGGCCAAAGAUAUGUUGGAGCAGCUGCUUAAAUUUGUCCCAGAGAAAAGUGAUAUUGAUCUUCUGGAAGAGCACAAACAUGAGUUGGAGAGGAUGGCUCGGGCUGACCGCUUCCUCUUUGAAAUGAGCAGGAUCGACCACUACCAGCAGAGACUGCAGGCUCUGUUCUUUAAGAAGAAGUUUGCAGAGCGUUUAGCUGAAACCAAGCCAAAGGUUGAAGCCAUCCUGAAUGCAUCGGUGGAGGUGGUCCGGAGUAAACGUCUGACUCAGGUCCUGGAGGUGGUGCUGGCGUUCGGUAACUUCAUGAAUAAAGGUCAGAGGGGUAACGCCUACGGAUUCAAGGUCUCCAGUCUGAAUAAGAUUGUCGACACAAAGUCGAGCAUUGACAGGAGCAUCACCAUGCUGCACUACUUGAUCAUGAUCUUUGAGAAGAACUACCCAGACGCGCUGCACAUCCAGGAGGACCUCAGGAGCGUGCCUGAAGCCGCCAAAGUCAAUUUGUCAGAGUUGGAAAAAGAAGUACACAAUAUAAAAAGUGGGCUGAAGGCUCUCGAGGCGGAGCUGCACUACCAGCAGAGCAGGACGAGGGAGCGUGGGGACAAGUUUGUGGCUGUGAUCAGUGACUUCAUCACUGUGGCUGGAUUCAGCUUCUCUGAACUGGAGGACCAGCUGAGUGAAGCCAAGGACAAGUUUGCCAAAUCUCUGAAGCACUUUGGAGAGGAAGAACGGAGGAUGCAGCCUGACGAUUUCUUUGGGAUUUUCGACACCUUCUUGCAGUCGUUCAGCGAAGCUCGGCAGGACCUGGAGAACAUGCAGCGGCGCAAAGAAGAAGAGGAGCGGAGGGCACGGAUGGAAAUCAUGCUGAAGGAGCAGAGGGAGCGAGAACGACGGGCUAAAAAGGGCGGAGCCUCAGACGAGGUCUGUGGAGAGUUUGACGACCUGGUCUCCGCAUUGCGCUCCGGUGAGGUCUUCGACAAGGACCUUAACAAAUUUAAGCGUAACCGCAAGCGCUCCGUCAACCAGCUUGGUGAGGGUGGCGGUCGGGAAAGAGCGGUCACCAAGGUGAACUACUAAGAUGGAGAAAAGAAGGUAGAAAACAAACACUAGAGAUCUAAAUUCUGCCGUGAUGCAGAUCUCAAUCUUCGGUCAUGGCUGCCAUCGGGGCAGAUGUAAGAAACAGCUGGACUGAACAUGUAGUGACACGCAUGGACGGCUACGCUGCCUUGAAGGAUGCAAAAGACUCCUCUGAUUGGUCUUGUUAAGCUAAUUCCAACUUGUGUAUCUUGACGGUAUAGAUGGACAGAUGGACAGACCACUGUGACACAUUGUUCUAUGUCAUCUGACUGUAUCACAUGUGCUUCAGGUUCUCCGUGUCUAUCACACCACUUUUGUUCCAUUUCUGCCUUUCUUUGUAAAUGUCCAUGGUUCCUCUGUCUGCGCCUUGGUGCUGCUGGCCCCACAGUUUGCUGAGCUGGUCCUUAACCUCAAGGGACAAUGGGAUCAGAUGUAAUAUUGUACAUAGAUGCAAGACCAAGAGAAAGGAGUAUAAAAGGGCCCGUGAAGCCGAAAGAUUGGAUUAUUUUUCUUUUUCUCGUGAGAAGAGACUUAACAACCACAGAAUGAAUGAAUGUUUGUGAACUACCAAUAUCUCAACAAGGAAAUGAGGUCAACAAAUCUCAGAAUGCUUUGGUAGCUUCUCAAAUGAGAAGAAUGCACAAUGUGGGGUGUGCUUAUUGCCUCAAUAAAGAGGAUUUGUACAAGUGGUUUCCAACUGCACAGUCCCAGUGAGAAGCACGCCAACCACGAGUUCACAAAAAAAAAAAAAAACGUUCUCCUCAAGGAUUCAUCUCUGUUUGAUCCACUCCACUAAACAACGAUUGUGCCACAUGGAUUAAGCCUCACCUACACUCCUAGAUGGUUUCAAAUCCACACUGGCAUUAAGCUGUGCCAAAGCUGAGAGAAAACAACUGUAAACUUAUUCAUACAGAAUAUCCAGCAAUUAGACAUUGUUAUAAAUAUGUAGAUGCAGACGAGCUAAUUGCUAAAAAGAUGUAGAAGGUUUUUGUUUUUUGCUUUGGGAUUUUGUACACA